AUGCGUUUUACUGACUACUCUUUCGAGUUCAACCAAGAACCAAUUCAUUUUUCCGUAACUUCUCAUUCAGACAAAGACCUAGUGAGCUUCAAUUGGACUGGUCGUAUUGGACAAGUGAUCGAAGUUAUUCAACCACCUGAGUUACUUUCUAGCCAGCUGUCGGAGCGCCAACGCGUUGAGUACGAACUGAAAAAUUUAUUGGGGAAUUCAGAACUGCCAGGAGUGGAACUCUUCAUCCGACGCUUCGUGAUUCAUUUUGCGGAAAAGAAACAAAGGAGAAGCCUACUUUUCGUAUUUGGAAUCGGCCUAGAUGGGAUUACGAACGAAUGUAUUGCGGCCGCUCUGCGAGCCCUCGAAAGCAGUGCUUAA